CUGAGCCCGGCCAGGUUGUGAUGAAACGCCUCCCUCAUGUCGAUCAGGGUGAAAGGAACCCCCUGAGACUUCAGCUUCUGCGCCGCCGCAAUGCCGCCGAAUCCUCCGCCCACCACCACCACGUGGACCCCGUCUGUUAAUAUGGAAUCCUCUUGGGCUCCUGAACCCAGAAAACUGCACCUUAAGAACAAGUUUCUCCGUCUUUUUGCAUAAAUAAAAUAUGCAUUUUUGAGAUGGUUUCAAAAAAAAGGUGCAGGAGCCACACCCACCAUUGUGAGUUCCACACAUGUUGACAAAGAUCCAAAAUUGAGCCACACCUGGUUCCUGCAGGAGGGGCGUCAGCAGCCUUAAAGCUGGAGCUGUUCUGCGCUCACACACAGACCUGCUCACAUCCUGCAGCACCAUGGACAAGCUCGUCUCCAGCGUGUUCUCCAACCCCGACGUCGUCACGACGGCCGCCGAGAAAGCUGGUGACCUGGUGGAGGGCGCGGUGAAGAGCGCUUUAAGUGGAAAAGGAGAGAAAGGACAGACAAAAGCAGGAGGACAGGCGGGAGUGAAGGUGGAAGGACAAGCAGGAGGAGCGGGAGCGAAGGUGGAAGGACAAGCAGGAGGAGCGGGAGCGGGAGCGAAGGUGGAGGGAGGCGGAGGCUUUGGUCUUGAUGAUGCACUUUCUGUCGUCCAGGGAGAUAAGAAGGACGGCAAAGAUGGAGGUGUGAACAUAAAAGGCAUCAUGGGAGGAUUCGGCUUGUAAAACCUCAUCAGAAUCUUCUUCUUCAUCCUCGUCUGUGACAGGAAGUCGGAGUCCACAUUUAGUGUCAAGAUGUUAAGUUUCCCACAUAAAGGACUGUCAACAUUCUGUACUUAAACUCACCAAAAAUAAACCUUUUUAAAGUC